AUGAGUACACCUCAGAUCUUCAUCAACAAUGAGUGGGUGGACUCUCAGAGUGGAAAAACGUUUCCCACAUACAGUCCUCAUGAUGGCAGCGUUAUAGCUCACAUCGCUGAAGGUGAUAAGGCGGACAUUGAUUUAGCCGUGAGUGCAGCAAAAGCCGCGUUCCACCGUAACUCCGAAUGGCGUCUUUUAGAUGCAUCUCAACGUGGAAGGCUCCUAAGCAAGUUUGCCGAUCUUGUGGAAAGGGAUGCCAAGUACCUGGCUCAGCUCGAAGGCUACGACAAUGGCAUGGUAUGUGCCUUCAGCCACAGAAUGUUGACUAAUGUGCCAAACCAAAUAAGAUACCUUGCAAGUUUGGCGGACAAAGUUGAAGGAUCGACAAUUCCUAUGGAUGGAGAUUUAUUCUCAUACACACUGAAGCAACCAGUUGGAGUUUGUGGAUUGAUUCUACCUUGGAACGUCCCAAUUUUGAUGUUUAUUAAUAAAGUUGUCACAGCACUAGCAGCAGGAUGCACAGCAGUUGUAAAACCGGCAGAGCAGACCCCAUUAACGGCAUUGGCACUAACGGCACUGCUUAAAGAGGCUGGGUUACCAGCAGGUGUGUUGAACGUGGUGCCAGGCUUUGGUGAAACCGCUGGAGUGGCCCUAACGCACCACGUGGAUGUCGCGAAAGUUUCCUUCACUGGUUCCUUAGAGGUCGGAAAGUUGAUCCAAAAAGCAGCUGGUACCAAUAACUUGAAGCGUGUGACCCUUGAAUUGGGAGGAAAGAGCCCAUUGGUCAUCAUGGACGAUGCUAAUUUGGAAGCAGCAGUUCAGUACGCAGCAAUGGGUGUGUUUUCAAACCAAGGUCAGAUGUGUAUCGCAGCAUCCCGUCUAUUUGUACAAUCAGGAAUAUACGACAAAUUCGUUCAAGCUGCAGCAGCUGUAGCGAAAUCUCUGAAGAUUGGCAACCCUGCUGACGCAUCUACCCAACAUGGUCCACAGGUUGACGAAGAGAUGAUGAACAAAGUAUUGGGGUUAAUUGAGAAGGGCAAGGCUGAGGGUGCGACGUUGGUGACAGGAGGAAAACGAGUCGGUAAUAGUGGGUACUACAUCGAACCGACCGUGUUCGCGAACGUCAAGGACGAAAUGACAAUAGCAAGGGAAGAGAUCUUCGGGCCCGUACAGAACAUUUUAAAAUUUGAAACACUCGAAGAAGUCCUAGACCGCGCGAACGAUACAAACUAUGGUCUUGCCGCUGGAAUCUUCACUAGCAAUGUCAACACAGCGCUUCAGUUCAGCAAGCACGUGGAAUCUGGAAAUGUUUGGGUGAACACCUAUCUUGCCCUCAGCCCUCACGCACCAUUUGGAGGUUUUAAGGACUCUGGAAUCGGGCGUGAAUUAGGAUCUGACAGUCUGCAUGAAUACUUGGAAGUGAAAACAGUUACCAUGGCGCUACCCAAGAAAAUCUAA